GGCUAGCUAAGAACAUUACAAAUUGGAGAUUUUCAUUGUGAUCUAUCCAUUUUGAAAGUGUGCUGUAGUUUUUCAUAGUUUGAUUCUAUACAAAAAUAAAAUAAAAUAAUUAAGCAACAAUUAAUGGGUUCUCUUAUGGCAGGAUGGGGAUCUUCCUCCAUUGAUCCUAAAUCAGCCACACUUAAAAGGAACCGUUCACUUACAAAAGAUGAAAUCGAUGCUUAUUGGAAAUCAAAGAAGAAGACAGAGGAAGAACACCUUAGAGCCAUUUCCAAUAUGUCAGAGACGAUCCAGGCUAGCAAAUACAAUGAUCCUGAAAAGAAGCUUGAGAAGUCAAUGACCAUGCCUGUGGCCCAUGUAAAGGACUCCUUUAAUAUGAACUUACUUGACACAAGUUUGGAGCAACUUAUCAAGAAAAAUGACUGGUGGACAAAGAGUAGCUGGGCAUUUUUGAAUGAGCCUCCAAUGAUUGAAGCUGCACCCAACAAGUAUGCAGCACAGUUUCACGUUGCCAACUUGGGAUCAUCAAAAUUGAACCCCGGAGAUGAAAUUAUUAUUGCUUGAUGGGAGCAUAAACCUAAUUAAACACUAAACCCUGUAACUGUAUAUAGUGUUAAUGUUUUUGUUAUUCGAUCAGUAUUUAUGUUAACAUCGAUAUAAUUCUACAUGUUCAGUGUUGAACCAAUAGCUGUGUUCAUUUUUGGAGUCUUGUGUUGCUAUGUAACUGUAAGAAGCUUAUUAUAUGUAUGCAAAUCAUCGUGUGUUCCUGGUUUGUUUGAAGAGUGUAAUAAAAAUAUUGAAA